AUGGAAUAGAAGAAAGAUUUGUAUAAUUUGUUAGCUUUAUCAAAAGAUGUGGACUAAUCAAUAUAUGAGGUGAUAAUUGAAAUUUUGAGAAAAGAAAACAUUUCAGAUUGUUUAAAAUUUCUUUCAGAUGACGAAAAUCUCUUACGUUGUAUAUAGUCAAUUUUAAAACAAACAAUUAAAACAAAUGUGGAGUUUGAGGAUGUGGCAUAAAAUUAAAUGAUAAAACUGAUCAAUUUUUUGAAAUAUAUUAAAGACCAUGACUUUAAUAAUAAAAAUUAUUUUGAAGACUUCUUUGAAGAACAUAGAAAAGAUCUAAUUAAAAAAAUAUCAAAUGAUGAUUAAAUAGUCUAAUUGUUAAAAUUUUUAGUUUAACUCACUAGUGUUGAUGAAAAAUUUAUUUAAUGUGGGUCAAAUGGGCUUAGCUUAUUAGUAGGCCUGAAAGUUGAUUUAACCAACCAUAACUUUGAAGACAUUCGAAUCAAAAAUAGUAGUUUGAUUGGCGGAAAUUUUGUAAGAUGCAAUUUCAGUGGAUCUGAAUUUGAAAAUGUUUUGAUCAGUAAAGUAAAUCUAAAUGGAGCAUUAUUGUUUAAUUGUAAGUGGAAGAAAAUUCAAAUACCCUAACUGAAUUAAUUAAAUGAUGAGACUAAUAAUGGCCGAUCAGCCAGCUUCUCACCAGAUGGAACUACUUUAGCAUCAGGUACUAUUGAUAAUUCCAUCCGUUUAUGGAAUGUUAAAACAGGAAAGAAAAUAGCUAAAUUAAUUGGUCAUGCUGGUAUUGUCUAUUCAGUAUACUUCUCACCAGCUGGAACUACUUUAGCAUCAGGUAGUGCUGAUAAGUCAAUCCGUUUAUGGGAUGUUAAAACAGGAAAAUAAAUAGCUAAAUUAAUUGGCCAUGCUGAUAUUGUCUAUUCAGUUUCCUUCUCACCAGCUGGAACUACUUUAGCAUCAGGUAGUGCUGAUAACUCAAUCCGUUUAUGGGAUGUUAAAACAGGAUAAUAAAAAGCCAAAUUAAUUGGUCAUGAAUGGUAUGUCAAAUCAGUUUGCUUUUCACCGGAUGGAACUACUUUAGCAUCAGGUAGUGAGGAUAAGUCAAUUCGUUUAUGGGAUGUUAAGACAGGAUAAUAAAAAGCAAAAAUAAAUGGCCUAACAGAUUAAGUCAAUUCAGUAUGUUUCUCAUCAGAUGGAAUUACUUUAGCCUCUGGUUGUGGAAAUUCAUAUGGAGGUGGUGAUUGUUCAAUUCGUUUAUGGGAUGUUAAAACAGGAUUAUAAAAAGCCAAAUUAAAAGGGCAUUAUGGCUCCGUCGCAUCAGUAUGCUUCUCACCAGAUGGAUUGACUUUAGCAUCGGCUAGUAUUGAUAAUUCAAUCGGUAUAUGGAAUGUUGAAACUGGGUAAUAAACAGCUUAAUUGGAUGGUCAUUUUGAAUUUCUCAGAUCAGUGUGUUUCUCACCAGAUGGAAAUACAUUAGCAUCAAGUUCAGGUAGCGAUGAUUGUUCAAUUUGUUUAUGGGAUGUUAAAAUAAGAUAAUAAAAAACUUAAUUGGAUGGCCAUUAUGGCUCUGUCGAAUCAGUUUGCUUCUCACCAGAUGGAACUAAUUUAGCAUCAUGUAGUGAUUGUUCAAUUCGUAUAUGGGAUGUUAAAACAGGAUAAAAAAAAGCUUAAUUAGAUGGUCAUUCUGGAGCUGUC